UGCGCAGCUCCACUUCCGGUGUAUUCAACAUGGGGAUUGAGAAAAUGACUGGUCGUUAAGAAAUUGAAUGGAAUGAAACUAGGAUUUUUAAUUUUCCCUUCUUUUGGGCGUUGAACUCGGAUCUAGCUGUGUUGGAUAGGAAGUACCGCAACAUUCAUUAUGUAAUUAAAAACUCAAAACCGGAAGGGAGCUUAUUUUGAGAAUUGUAAGGAAUGGCUACUACAGCGGACCUCUUUGAGGAGCCUUUUGAUGCUGAUGAGUACAUUGAACGCUUGGCAUGGCGAACUCCUGGUGGAGGCUCCAAAGGAGGCGCAGAAGCAUUUGACCCAAGAAGGUUUGCUGAAGUCAAGUCCAAAAUUGCAAGUAAAUAUCAUAACUUAGAGUGCCAGUUGAUUCAGGAAUUCACUAGUGCCCAAAAGAAGGGAGAGAUGUCUCGAAUGCGAGAAGUAGCAGCAGUUUUGCUUCAUUUUAAGGGCUAUUCCCAUUGUGUUGAUGUAUAUAUAAAGCAGUGCCAAGAGGGUGCCUUCUUGAGAGAUGAUAUAUUUGAAGAUGCUGCUAUCCUCUGCCAGCGUGUGAACAAACAGGUUGGAGAAAUAUUCAGUAGUCCUGAGACUGUGAUGGCCAGAUUUAUACAAAAUAUAUUUGAAAUUAAACUUCAGACUCGAAUAAAGGAAUGCUUAGAAGAUAGCAAAAGAUCGGAAGCAGAGCAGUACUUGAAAAAUCUGUAUGACCUUUACUCCAGGACGACAAAUUUAUCCAGCAAACUGACUGAGUUUAACCUUGGCACAGACAAACAGACUUUUCUGUCGAAACUCAUUAAAUCCAUUUUUAUAACUUACUUGGAAAGUUACAUUGAAAUUGAGACUUGUUAUUUGAAAAACAGGUGUGGAAGUGUACUGCAUCGAUAUUAUGAAUCCAAAAAUCAUCAGAAACGACCUGUUGGUACAGGAGGUAUCCAGGACCUGAAGGAAAGAAUUCGACAGCGAACAAAUUUGCCGCUUGGCCCCAGUAUCGACACACAUGGUGAGACUUUCUUGUCUCAAGAGGUGGUAGUCAACCUUUUACAAGAAACACGACAGGCUUUUGAGAGGUGUCAGAGGUUAUCAGACCCUUCUGAUUUGCCAAAGAAUGCUUUCCAGAUAUUCAGUAUUCUGGUGGAAUAUUUGUGUGUUGAACAUAUUGACUAUGCUUUGGAAAUUGGACUUUCUGCAAUUCCUUCAGCUGAUUCUAGGAAUGUAAAUCUUUACUUCUUCGAUGUUGUGCAGCAAGCCAAUACAAUUUUUCAUCUCUUUGAUAAACAGUUUAAUGAUCAUUUAAUGCCAUUGAUAAGUUCGUCUCCUAAACUUGCAGAAUGUCUGCAAAAAAAGAAAGAAAUCAUAGAACAGAUGGAGGUAAAACUGGAUACUGGUAUUGACAGGACUCUGAAUUGUAUGAUUGGUCAGAUGAAACAGAUACUGGCUGCUGAACAAAAAAAAACUGAUUUUAAGCCUGAAGAUGAGAACAAUGUCCUGAUUCAAUACACCAGUGCAUGUGUCAAAGUAUGCGGCUACAUCAGAAAACAAGUGGAAAAAAUUAAAAAUUCCAUGGAUGGGAAGAAUGUGGACACGGUACUAACAGAAUUUGGAGUCCGAUUUCAUCGACUUAUUUAUGAACAUCUUCAGCAAUAUUCUUAUAGUUCUAUGGGUGGCAUGUUGGCUAUAUGUGAUGUGGCAGAAUACAGGAAAUGUGCCAAAGAAUUUAAGAUUCAACUGGUUUUGCAACUUUUUGACACACUCCAUGCACUAUGCAAUCUUUUGGUUGUUGCACCUGACAACUUAAAGCAGGUCUGCUCAGGAGAACAGCUCACGAACCUUGACAAGAACAUACUUCAUGCAUUUGUUCAGUUACGUGCAGAUUAUAGAUCAUCACGGCUUGGGCGACACUUUAGCUGAGUCUAACAGAAUCCAUUCUGUAAUUACAAGGCCUUGGCUAAGAGAAAGCACAGGGAGCAUCUUCCUUGUUUUUCAUGAUACUGUGGUUGCUACAGCUUUUAUGGAAUAUUAAUGACUGCUCAGAAGGAAGUGCAACCACAGCAGAGCUACGUUUUGUGUAAUAAAUUGAGGCUGAAACAGCUGUAAAUAAUACUAUUUUGCACAGACUUUUCUGUUAUGAGAUUAAUUUCUUCUAGCAUUAAAUCUGAGCUAAUCUACUGCACAGUGCAGAUUAUUGCAUUGGUUUGGAUUUGCUAAUAUGGAAUAUUUUAGGAUGACUUAAGCAUUUAAAAGUUGCUGCUUAAUGUGAUCUCGGAAGUCAGAUGCAGUUUAUGGAAUUUUAAAAAACUUCAUUUUAUUCACUGUUGCAGUAGGGUGACUCUCUAGGACUUCUGCCACAGAAGGGCUGAUGUCUGGCCAAUCUUUCAAAUCUUUUCACCUUUCCCCCAAUAGGCCAGGAAGAUGCCGUUCUACCUGGGUGUCAGCCAUACUGUGCUUUAGAGAUAUAUCGGCCUGCCCCAUCUUAUUAAUUUUUGACACCUAUUACUAAGAGUUAUUAGUCCCAUCAGUUUGGUCUAGUUUCCAGUGUACAAAUAAACACUUUAUUGGGGAAAAGAAAUGUUGUAAUAUAUUUGUGUGUAUGACUGCAGCUUGAGAAUAUUUUGAACAUCAGGGACUAUAGAUGUCAGAAUUUAAAGUUAGUAACUGCAUUACAAUUAGGGUGAAAAUCAUGCCUAAAAAGUUUGAUAGUAUCUGUUUUACUUUGGUUGGAGCUUGAUUUCUCCUCCAGUUCUUAUUGUUCCAGGUUCUAACAAGGCCUAAGCCGAGAGUUCACCAUCUCCAGGUUUACUUUUACCAGAAAAUGUGUCCCUUGACAAGAGGUUGGCAUAGCAUAAACCAAGUCAUUUGUGGAUACCCAUUCAAAACACAAAAGGAGUAACAUCUCUGUGAGAAAGAAUUAGGGGAGGACAAUGAUAUAUUGAGGGAGUCCAAAGGCCAACGUAGGCACAAGGCCAUUGGUUCUGGUAAGGUACUUUUGCAGCCCUUGACUCUGAUGCUUGCUUGAACUGAGGGCUCUGGUGAUGCCUUUCAGAACCCUGCAUUCUGUUGAUGUGCAUAGACGCUGAAAUUCUACCUACAUAAUACAAAAGAUUCAAGGAAAAAUUGAUGUUACCAUCCCCAAACGCAGGUGUAUAGCAUUCAUAUUUUAGAUGUGUGCCAUCUUGCCUUGGGUGGGCCUUCCUGCCUCCUAGGCCACUGCACAAGAUCUGAUGAGGCUGUUUUAUGACUUUGUACUUUUCCUUAGGAGCUUCCAAUUGCCAUCAGAACAGACAAUAGUGUCCCCACUUUUAAAAGAAAGAGGACCCCCCCAGAAUCAGACUCCUCUGUUUUCCCCUCCUAGCUGCAAGUCAGGCACUGAUGACAACUUAUCUUCUACCUCCCCAGCAGAAGCUUUCUCAUUUCGAGAUGCACAUACUAGGAUGAAGGAUUACUUCAAGUGGGAGCCUAAAGGUUACCCUGCUACCCAGAAAAGAUACGGAAAGCUCCUGGGUCUGCUAGAGCCAAAAUCCACACGUAUUCCUUCAGUGAGUGAAACCUUGGAGGAUGCAUUUACGAGUGCUUCUUUGGAGCCAGACACCCAAACUCCUACUUACAGAAAAGCUUGCCCAUUUAUAAAGGAUUGUAAAUUCCUACAUGUACCUGCACAGUAAUCCUGUUACUGGUCCAGUGCUAUUUUCCAUGGAUUCCAGCAAGGGGACUACUGGAGCUCCGACCAAGAAUCCUCUUUCCUGUGCAGGGAAAGUAAGAUGUUUGACUAAUUUGGUAGGAAAGUCUACAGUUCUGCCAUCCUAGCCUUCAAGGCCAUUAACUGCUAAACUCCUAGAUUAAAGUACCAUGUGAGUUUCUGGUUCUAAUUGAUGGACAAGGUUAUACAGAGCUAGAAGGCAAGGCCCUGAGAACUGAAGUGCUAGAGUUUUGCAUCCUUACCUUUGCGGUUCAUAAGGACUCCCAUCAAGUGUGGCUGUGAUGCUGUGGCUGCUUCAUGCAAGGUGGCAGCAUAUGGGGUCAGUUAUGAUAAGACAUGCUUGCUUAAGGACCCAGCCUCUGAUGGAUUAUAUAAAAGUGCAUCUGUUUAAAUGCCUUCUAGAACAGGAGCUGCCUUUUGGGUCCCUGCUGACCAGGUGUGUAAAAAGCUGGAGGAAGGAAGGACUAAACAGUCCGUGAAACAAUUCAUUCUCCUGCCACAUACAUUAGCAACUGUCCUACCUAGCAGAAGCAAGAUCAGAAGGGAAGAAGGACCAUGUCAAGAGAAAAUGAUAAACUGUCAAAAAGUAGAAGCCUGCAGACCUGUAGGCUAACGCAAAGGAAUAGUCACACAACAGAGCUCUUUUUCCUCUCCUUACCCCUCAUAUCCUACUUCAGUCCACACUCUCUCAAAACCCAUCUUCCCUACACAUUCUAGACCAAAAUAAGAGGCUAUUUGUGUCUGUUUUUAAAAGAGUGGGAGAAAUCACCCAUUAUAUUUGUUUCCUAAGAGUCUUGUGGCAAGGAUACAGACUCUGAUUCAUAAAAAGUCCAGGGUUGUCAGAUAUUCCACAAGUAGGCAGUGAACAGAGAUGUUUAAUCAAACUUACACCACCAAAACUUUUCUGAAGUAUGGUGCUGUAGAGAGAGAGAGAGAGAGAAAUCCAAAAGUGGAAGAGGGCAUCAGGUUCUACUCAAGACUUCUUUUAGUGCAAUGAAAAAAAUGGGCUGUAGAGACCAGUCAUAGACUUAUAAAAGCUAAAUAAGUUGCCUCAAGUGCCAAGAUUCAGAAUGCUAACUUUACAGGCCCUUUUCCCUGUCUGCUUCCCUCAACCCUCCAUGAUGACCAUAGACCUGAGUGUUAUCUUACCCCCACAUGUCUUUAGGGGUUUAAGGUAAUCCCUAAACUUGAUUUUCUUCGUAACCCAGUGAACUUCACUUUCCCCAAAGUCCGUACUAUCGAGCACAUAAUUUUGAUGUAUGGACUUAUCGAAAAAAGUGAAAAAACAGUAUUGUUUUUGCAGAACAGCAAGCCACCCUACAUACCCACACCUCCACUAACUUUAGAUCAUUUCCAAGAUCACACGUUACUAGAAAAAGGGGACAAUUCCAUCUCCAUUAUUCAGUGAUCGUACACUAACUACUCAUUUCACAUUCAUACUCGUACGUUGACUCAUGACAUAUAGGCAGUACCACAGAAUCAAAGCAAGGAUGCUCACUUGCUACUGCAUAGAGUGUGUUCACAAAACACUUGGCUGGAGUAAUUACGUAUUACAAAACCAAGGACAUUCACAUGUACCCCUGUCUGAAAGACUGUCUGAUUCAGGCUUCAACCACAGAGGAGACAUGGACAGCCAUGCAAUUUACUCUGGCCUACUUCCUUAGGACUAGAACUCGGACUCUAAACCUGAGAGAAUCCCAGCUACUACCCAUCAUGGAAGUCAUUUUCCAGGGUGUCAUGAACAGUAUGAACCAGACAGCAUUUGUUCCCUGAAAAGAAAGUGUUGUUCCUGACUAAAUAUUUCACCUCCGUAAUGCAGCAAAAUCAGAUUGCUGUGAGGUAGUUGCUCAAAACACUAGGGUUAUGUAGUCUGUUCACAGAAACUAUAGUGCUUAAAAUACAGAAACUAUAGUAAUACCAAAGAAAUAGAUGGUGCCAGCAUGCCUACUCUCUGCAGUACCUAAUCCCUGUUGCUCUCUGUCAACAGAACUAUAUAAUGGUGGAUCGAACAGGUAACACUUGCCCUGAAGGUCCCAUUUAGGCUAAGGCCAGACACCAUGGUAGUCACCACAGAUUCCCUCAUAUGUUUCCUUUGGGACCCACUUAAGAAAAUGGAGGAUCCAAGGGAAAUGGAGGAAAACUCGGAGGGAAAAAAACACAUCAGUGUUGAAAAGAUGGCAGUAAUUUUAGUUAUUAAACCUGUAGACCUGUUUGGUAGUCAGGAUCCUGCAUAUUCUCACAAACAACAUAAAGAUGGUAUAUCAUUGAACCGGGGGGGGGGGUGUAGAAGGUGGGACACAAUCACAUGGAAACAUGGUACCUGGCUUUGUAGUUGGGCGUAAACCACAGGACAUCUUGUAUCUUUUCUCAUGAGAACAUUCUGGCAGACCAGUUGAGAAGAACAGAGGUAGACCAUAAUGAAUGGAUUUUAAAUGGAGAAGUAUUCUCUGUAUUUGGUCCUCAGUUGAUGUGCAUCAGAAACAGACCUUUCUGCUUAUCCAUAAAACAGAUGAGAACAGUCUGUUUCAGCACAUCAUCCACUAGGAGACUGGGUGACAGGUGGCAUGUUUCAAUAAGCUGGGCAAAUUUAUUUCCAUACACUUUUUCCUUCAGUCCCUCUUCUCCUCAAGGUAAUGGCAGAAGAUAAAGGAGGACAAGCAAAACACUACCGUUAGCCAAGAGAGCACCUUUUAUCCACCCUGCUAAGUAUGGUAAGAGCAGAACCUGUACUGUUUUCCUAGCAUGUGAACAUUUUGGGUCGUACCUACACGGCAGCAUGAAGGUCCCUCAGGCCGAUGGAUUGUAUGAUGUAGUUCUUAUCCCUUUUAGGCACAUGCUUUUUCUGUCUUAACAGGAGCUUAGAAACCAAAUACAAGAAAGUCAUACUAGAACAAUAGUCUGGGCCCUAAUCAGACUUUACUGCCAGUGAUCCUCAAGUAUAUGUCAGACCUUUACAAGACAGGAUUGUCUUGCAUAGGUAAGGGUACAAGGUACAAGCUUCUGCAGUUUCAGCCUGCAUACCUUGGGAAUCUUCUGUUUAUUCCUUAAGUGGAGGGUCUUACAUUUGCGGCCUCCAAAAAAUUUUUUUUUUCACCUUAAGACCACAGUUACAUAUUAGGGGAGUUAAUUUUACCGGCUUUUGAGUCAGCUGCUGGUGCACCCUUCAAGUUAGUGAUAUGGAAAACACAUGGAAAACUGCCUUUUUAGUUCCACUACUUCUGCCAGCAUGAUAUCAGAACUGCAACCCUCAUGUGCAAACCACAUUUUCUCAUCUUCUACAGGGAUAGAGUAACAGUCCUCACCAGUCCAGCAUUAGUGCACAAAGGAGUGACAGAACUUUCCAUAAAAUAGGUUGUUGACCACUCUGUGUUUUAGACAAUCCCUUAGAUCAAAGGGGAAAGGAUCUUAUGUACCUUUUAUGUGCAUAGACCGUGAAGAUUUUACCUCAAAAGGAAAUCAGACCAGCUAUUCUUUUCCAUGACAAUAUGUAGAGAAGUCGGGCAUUCUCUAAAACUAUCUCUAAAUGGCUAUGUCAUUGAAGCUCCUUCAAUGAGAAGUCUAUACCUGGGCAUGUGAGAGUCCAUUCUGUAAGAUGCACAGAAGCCUCUACUACCUUCUUGAAGAGCGAUCAUCACCCAGGCCAUUUUGGAAGCUGCUGCCUGGUCAUCUGUUAAGUUUCUCGAAGCACUAUAACCUGGACAUAUCUUCUUGAGCCAGGGCAAGACAGGCUAUAGUCAUACCACAGUGUCUGCUGCAAACAGUGCCUUUGUUAGACCAGACACCCAUUGGUCCGUAAGCUGUGGGAAUUUCCUAAGUAUUGUCACUAAACCAGCAGUGAGCUGUACAAUGAACACUACAGUUAUGUUUGCAAUAUACCAUAAUUAUAGACUGUAGAGUAUAUUUAUUUUUGCACUAAUAUUCCCUCUGCUCCCUCUACCUUCUUCCCUGUGGACAUCCUGGGUUGGAACAGGUACUCUGUCACCUGUCCCUGUACCCUCCAGGGCUGCUACCCUUACAAUGUGUCCCUCAUCCUCCUCAGGUUAACCUAGGUUUUGCAGAAGCAACUUUGUGAUUCUUCUGUAUAGGCUGCCAUUUUGGUGGCAUAUUCCAUCCAAGUGUCUUGUGUUCUGGUCUCAGUCAAGAUCUCUGGAGCUGACUGGCAAGAAAGAGUUAAGAUGGUGCAGGCAUAUGUCCCUCUUAUUCCACAAAUGUGCUAAUGUUCAGAGUGGAGGGAGUCUUUCCGGCCUGGAAGGAGAAUGUUAAAAAGCUCUGGAAGUCGAACCAGACAUCAGCAUUCUGCGGCAGAAUUCCCCAAGUGUAUACCACUGCAACAGUGAACAUACUCCAGCAACUACUGUUAUGGUAAGUUUUACUGCAGAGUGCUAGGUAAGCACUUAGGGCUGUUGUAAAGGUUACAUAAGAACUGUAAACAAAAGCAGCUUUAGAUUGUUUAAAUUGAAGCACAAUUUAAAGGCAGUUUGUUGAUCAGUGCUUAUUAGUAACUUAGUUCAUUAGAAUUCUUGCCGCCAUUUUUGCCUUCCUGUUUAAAUAACUGUGUAGCCCCAGAUUGUUGGUGUGGGGUUAGUUCACAAUGUAGUACAAUGUAAUAUAAUUAAAUGUACAGCUCCUUAAGUUAAGUGGAGGGGGAGUUGAGGGUGAUAUAGUAUCAAAAUUACUGCACUCCAGAAUGUAUUUUACUGUCAGAAUCUUAUAUUUGAGCACUGCUUUUACUUGUCAGUAUGAAUGUGUGUCAUAUUAGUUUUAAACAUUUGUAAUUUAAUGGUUCGUCUUUCUUUAAUAGCAUUUUCUCUGAAAUUGUAACUUAUUUUCACAAUUGAUAAAAUAUUUCUUUAUUUUUUAACUAUCUUUUCUUAAAACAUAACUGGAUUUCAAGGGAGUAAUUUUAUUACUAACACUAUCUUCCAUCUUCAUAUAGAAGAAGAAUUUUCCUGGUCAUUUGGUGGUUCAGUAGUAACACAUUCUCUAACAUUCUUCUGAAUCAUGGCCAUGAACCUAGGAAGAAGCAUUUGAUGACUUAUGUCCCUUAGGUUCAUAAAUGCUGCAGAGACCAGUCCUUUAAUGAAUAUUUAUAUUGUGGUUUUAGCCUUGGAGUGUUUAAAAUGCACAGGCCUUUAAUAGAAGUACAUUUUCCCAAAUGCAAGAAUGAGACAGUUGCUCAUAAUAUUUAUAUUUUGUAAUAUUUGUUUUUGAAUUAUUUUAAAAAUUCUGGUAAACCAUACUAACUUGUUUCUGAAGAAUAUAUUGGUUGUAUUUUUCCUUUGCUUGACUUCCAUAUGAUACUUUUCCUUUCAGCUUCAUUAAAAGGGAUGGUAGCAGCAGUAAUGAAGAGGGCUGUGUUUCAAAACUGCUAACAUUUCCCCAGGAUAAACAAUAAAUAUUUCAUGAAA